CACUACAGAAUCUUGGACAUGCCCACCCAGGAACUUGGCUCGCCUGCCUAUCGAAAGUUCGACAUAGAAACAUGGCUGCCUGUGAAAGAAUUUUGGGGGGAGAUUUCAAGCGCCUCAAAUUGCACAGACUACCAGAGCAGAAGACUGAACAUAAAAUACAUCGACGAUAGUAGUAGUAGUAGUAGCAGCAGCAGUAGCAGUAGUAGCGCUUGCGCUGUGCCGAGAAUGAUGAUAGCCUUGGUGGAAAAUUUCCAACAAAAGGAUGGCUCGGUGAUUUUGCCAGAUGUCCUUGGGAAAUAUAUGAAACAUGGGAAGGUCAUGAAUGAAAGAAGGGGGAAGUCGUCAAGAAAAUGAAUAAAUGAAUAAAUUAACGUCGUAAUGAUGAUAACGGAUAAAUAAUAAAUCUUUUUCUUUUUUCUCUCUCUCCUCCUCUCUCUCUCCUCUCUCUCUCUUUCACUUUUUUUCCUGUCACACAAUUUUCAAACAAAACAAAAGAUAACAUUGGAAGAAUAUUUUUUAAAAAUAAUUUCGCAAAUAAAAUUGAAAACUAUCUUGUUUGUAAUCACAUUAUAACAUCGUUAUAUCAUUAUCAUGAUAUAUUGAUAUAGAAAUAUAUAUAAUCAUUGUAAUCAUUGUUAUUAUCCAUCCACUUGUAUAGAGAGAGAGAGAGAGAGAGAGAGAAAGAGAUUAUUAAUUUAUAAAAAAGCAUACACAUACAUGCAUUUAUACAUACACACACACACACAUACAUACAUACAUACAUACACACACAAACAUACACACAUCACAUACAAACACACACAGGCAAUCCUAUUUUGGCAUAUUACAAUCGAAUUAAUUAUUAAAUAAUCAAGCUAAUAAAGAGAAUACGUGUGUGUGUUUGUGUGUGUGUAUAUAUGUGUGUGUGCGCGCGCGCGUGUGUGUAGGUGUGUGUAUAAUUUUUCCAAAUAAAUAAAUAAAUCUAAAGACAUAUACAAUUAACA